AUACCGAAGCUGCAUCCGGACUAUGACACAGGGGCUGGCAGGAAUUCCUGGCGAUCAGCCUCUCAGCCCCAGGAGCUGCACGUGUGAAGGGAGGCCUAUCCCAGGGGAAGCUGCAGCCGUGCCCCACGUGGUGCCUCCGUCCAGACGGGCUGGCCUGUGACUCCAAGCAUCCCCCGGCCAGCCUCUUUUGGGACGGGGUGGAAUGCUGAGCUGGGGCAGGCAAGAGGUGUUUGUGCCUUGCUUCUGUCUCCUCUUUGCAGAUUUCCUUGAAGCAUCUGGCUGGACUUUGUUGGAAGCUGGAAUGAUGGAGCUAUGCCCCACCUAGCUAGGAAGCAAGAUGGAAAUGAGAAGGUUAAGCGUCUCCCUGGUUGUGAUCCUGUUCCUCAUCCUGGCCCUGCAAAUCUUGUCCGCUGUUGAUUUUGACCCAUACCGAAUCCUUGGAGUCAGCAGGACGGCCAGUCAGGCAGACAUUAAAAAAGCAUAUAAGAAGCUUGCCCGAGAAUGGCAUCCUGACAAGAACAAGGACCCCGGAGCAGAAGAUAAGUUCAUACAAAUCAGCAAGGCUUAUGAGAUCCUGUCGAACGAGGAAAAGAGAUUAAACUUUGACCGCUAUGGAGACGUGGACGAGAACCAAGGCUUUCCUCAGCAGCAGCAGCAGCGCCCGUUCCACCACUUCCACGAAAGCUUUUAUUUCGACGAAUCCUUCUUCCAUUUCCCGUUCAAUUCGGACCGCCGGGACUCCUCCGACGAGAAGUACUUGCUGCACUUCUCGCACUACGUGAACGAGGUCGUGCCCGACAGCUUCAGGAAGCCCUAUCUCAUCAAGAUCACGUCCGACUGGUGUUUCAGCUGCAUCCACAUUGAGCCUGUGUGGAAGGAGGUGGUCCAGGAGCUGGAAGCGCUUGGAGUGGGGAUCGGCGUUGUUCAUGCCGGAUACGAGAGGCGCCUGGCCCAUCACCUGGGCGCGCACAGCACACCCUCCAUCCUGGGGCUUAUCAACGGGAAAAUAACCUUUUUCCACAAUGCGGUUGUUCGGGAGAAUCUGCGGCAGUUUGUGGAGGGCCUUCUUCCAGCGAACCUUGUUGAGAAGAUUACAGAUAAAACCUACAUCCAGUUCCUGUCAAACUGGAAGAAGGAGAACAAGCCGCAUGUCCUCCUGUUUGACCACAUGCCUCUCGUUCCGCUCUUAUACAAGCUGACUGCGUUUGCCUACAAAGAUUACCUGUCCUUCGGGUAUGUGUUCGUUGGGCUCCGAGGGACUGAAGAGCUGUCCAGCCAGUAUAACAUCAACGUCUACACGCCCACCAUGAUGGUGUUCAAGGAGCACAUCGAUAAGCCUGCAGAUGUCAUUCAGGCCCGAGGCAUGAGAAAGCAGCUUAUCGAUGACUUCCUCUCCCAGAACAAGUUCCUGCUGGCAUCCCGUCUCACCAGCCAGAAGCUUUUCCAGGAGCUGUGUCCCGUGAAGAAGUCUCACCGACAGCGCAAAUACUGCGUGGUCCUGAUCACCAACGAAGGGGACAAGUGCGCCGCCAGCUACGAAGCCUUCCUUGCCUUUGCGGUGGCCAAUACAAAAGACACCUUGCGCUUCGUGCACAUCCACAAGAGCUCCCAGCGGAACUUUGCCCACACUUUGCUAACAGACGACGAAAAGUUCCACGGGAAGUCGGCGGUGGUCAUCUUGGAGAGGCGCAACAACGUUGGCCGAGUGGUCUACCGAGCCCUCGAAGAUCCCUGGAGUGGUAGCAAAGAGGACAGCUUCAUCCUUCUGGAUCUCUUGGAUCAGCUGAGGACUAACCCCGGCUUUCUUUCUUCGGAGGCCGUCCUGCAAGACUUGAAUGAUGAACUUGCUCCCAUUUUCUUCCUUCGAUGGAUCUAUUCUGCCACAGAUUACAUCUUGGACUGCUGGGACAGCCUUUUCCAUAGCAAUUGGCGAGAAAUGAUGCCCUUGCUGUCGCUGAUCUUCUCGGCCCUGUUCAUUCUCUUCGGGACGGUCAUUGUGCAGGCCUUCAGUGACUCGAGCGACGAGAGAGACUCCCCGGUCCCCAAGAAAGAUGAAGGCCCCACAAAGGGCGAGAAGAACGACACGAGCUUCAACAAAGACAGCAGGGUCCCCAAGAAGGGCUUCGUAGAAGUGACGGAGCUCACGAACAUCACCUACACGAGCAACCUGGUGCGGCUGAGACCUGGGCACAUGAACGUGGUGCUGGUUCUCUCAAACCCCACCAGGACGCCCCUGCUGCAGAAGUUUGCCCUGGAGGUCUACAGCUUCACCGGGAGCAACUGCCUCCACUUCUCCUUCCUGAACUUGGACAAGCACCGGGAAUGGCUUGAAUACGUCCUGGAGUUUGCGCAGGACGUGGCACCCAUCCCAAAUCAGUACGACAAGCACUUCCUGGAGCGUGACUACACUGGCUACGUACUGGCCCUGAACGGACACAAGAAGUACUUCUGCCUUUUCAAGCCUCCCAGGUCGGAUGACGACGGGGACGUCUCGGGGCGGCCCUGCGAGGAUGCCCAGCCGGGGGAGGCCCGGGGGAAGCCCCCCUCGGGCAGCCCGCAGGCGAAGUCUGUGAAAAGCAAACUGGAAAGGCUAUCCCUGUGGAUGGAACGACUCUUGGAAGGCUCCUUGAAACGGUUUUAUAUUCCCUCGUGGCCUGCACUAGACUGAACAAUAAAGGUUUCAGACGGGGUUGGAAGGAGAAUCUUAUCACUGCAGACUUGGAAAGAGGACAACCCUAAGCGUCUCUCCUUUGGGAAUUUUACAUUGUGUCGGAUAGACAGUAGCUUUUUAGGUGAAUUCUCCUAGGCCCAGUGAAUUAGAAGCACCCUUCCCACAUCCUUGACCUUGGAGCAGUGGGAAGCAAUGCGCCGGCAUCCGCUCUGGCAUCGAAACGGCUCCGGAUGUUGGGGAGCUAUACAGUGGGGAAAGGACAGCAGUGAGCACCCCACCCCCGAUCCUCUCCCAUUUUCCCAUCCUGCUCCGGGGCUUCCACCAGCGUUGACGGAGGCCUUGCUGCUGCGGGAGCUCUUCUGUGUACUGGUUUGUCUUUGUUUCAGGUACUGGUUUCAGUUUAUGGCACACCUUCUGUGCGCAUUCAGGUGUCUCUGCCUUCCUUGCCCCACGCAUGCUGCUGGCCCUCAUUGAGCUCUUUGCCAUACCAUUAUCCUCUGGUUUCCCCCUGAAGUGACAAUUUAGGGUGUGUAUGGCGGGGGGGGGGUCUCUCUACCACAUGGCUAAUGGGUCAAGAAAUGUGGGGAGGGGGCUGUUAAGCUUCCUUCAUGCCCUCCAGCUCUGGGUGCAAUAAAUUGACCUGUGGAUUGUCAGCUAAGCUUCUCUCAGGGCAGGAAGUGGCUGAGCGAGCCGUGAAAACUGUACAAGUCGAUGAGCCAUUUUAAAAUCUGUGUUCCUUCCGCUGCCGUCCUGCCUCCGCCAUGUCUGGUUUUUCGUUUUAAAGUAUUUUAGAGCUCCUACCCUCAAAUCAUGUCCAUAGAUUGUAGAUAUAAUCUGCUACAAGCCAAGAGCCAUGUGAAAAACAACUUUGCAAUUGCUGCCUUGGAGUCGCUCUCCACAUAACUCUUUCUUUUCCAAAAUGGAAUCUCCCGAUUCAUUGCUAGGACAGUAAUUUAAUUCUGUUUCUUUGUACCAAGGAGCUUGUGUUGUUUCUGUAAUGAUUGUAUUUCCCUGGAUAGGUUUGGUUUGAAACGCCUUCAAAACUACUGCAGUUACUCACAUGGAAGUCCUGCCCCUUUGCAUUUCUGCUCUGUCAGCCUCUCGGAAACUCUUCUUGAGAUGGACAGAUGUUUACCAAAUCGCCAGGCUGCCUCUCAGCUAUUCCUUGGCCCUUCCCACCCCUCUCGGAAUCCGCUGCUCAGUACAUUGCAGAAUCUCUCUCCAUUUCCGGAGCCUGCCGGCAUGCUUUGCAGGCUGAGAGGGUAGAAUCGGAGAGAAACUUCAGACCAUGGGGCGAGCCAACCUGGCCAAGUGUGUGAGCAGAGAGAGCGGUCUUGCAGGGACCCACCUCUGUUCAGAAGGAUGGCCCUGCAGAAGAAUGGGCAGGUGGGAUACUGAGCUUCGGUCUGUGAUGGGAGCCCGCCAGGUGCAUUUGUCAAGCAGCACGUGCAGCCCUGUGCCAGGCGGCUGGGGCUGUGGCAGGGCCCACCCAGCUCGGGGCCUGUGCCCUCCCCUUGUAGCAGGAGCAGCUCAGGAGAGACGCAGGCAUGCACGCCUGCACGCCUAUUUUGGGGGAGCAGCUGCUCUCUGUCUGUCACAGCGACCGGGAUGGUGCUCCAGUUCCCAUGGGCGUGGCUUCCCCGUCCGUGCUGGACCUGCCCCGUCUGUCUGUCUUGCCGUCUGCUCCAGGCAGGCCACUGCAAGUGGGUCAGGUUUCUUUGCAUCCAGGCCAAAGAUCCGGUUACUCCGUUCGGCCGCUUGGAGCAAAGUGCCUUUUGCAGAAUGGGGUCUCGAGGUUUGACCUGUGGUGACUUCGCUGAGCAGACUGCAAAUCCGGCUCUGUGUGGCUCCCCACGGACUCGGUGAGGGAAGGUCCGUACAGAGAGGAGAUGGAAGCGGUGGAGCUGCAGGGCCAGCGGAAUGCAGCCGGCCUGGGCAGGAGGAGUUAAGUGCCCCAGCGGAGGACAGGCGAAGCGAGGAAAUGGUCUGGCCAGCUGCUGCUGCAGCCACCGGGUUCAGCUCAGGCCGCAUGCUUCAGAUGCGCUUAGGUUUCAGAUGUGGCUGGUGGAGCCUCCAGGCAGACCCAGGAUGAGGAAACCGGUGGCCUUCCAGAUGUUGCUGGGAGACCACUCCCGGCCCCCCCGGCCCUUGACCGUGUUGCCACGAAAGAGUCCAGAAACAUCUGGAAUGCCACAGGUUUCCUUGAGGAGGCCCAGGAAAAGGCAAGCAGGCCUUUUGAUGCUCAAAUGCCCCUGGCGUCUUCAGACAGUGCGUGGGAUGAGCUGGGGGUGCUGCUCUCGUGGUGCACAGCCCAGCUGCUUCCUGGCUGCCGUCCUGCCCAGGGCUGGGUGCCUGCAGAAGGGGGCGAUGUCCCAGGCAGAGGCUGGCGGUGCUUCUCAUCACCCCAGUUCAAAACAUGGCCGGCAGAGGGGCAGCUUUUCGGCGGUGGAGCGGCUGGGCCUGAUGGCGGUCCUGGUUCCUGCACGGAGCAGCCCCUGCUCUUUGUGCCUCUUCGCCAAGGCUGCCCCCUCGGCACGGAAUUGGGCACUGACACAGAGCUGCACCUGCUGCCUGAGCGGCCUUCCUCUGCACAAGGUGUAAAGCCUCUGCCGCUCGCGUCCGGAGCGGGGCCUCUGCUUUGCCAGGCGAUGAACACCUCCUGCUAAGACUGAACCCGUUAACCCAGAAAUGCACACUGCACAUCGAACCGAUCUUCUCUUGCAAUGGUCUGCAGAAGGAGGGGGUUUCCACUGCCAGAUCUGUGGAACGGCUUUCUGAAGCUACCAUUCUGGGAAAUGUUAAUGUAGAAUCCGAUCCCACGUGUGCUGCUUGUUUUUUGCUUUUGACAUCAAUGUGGCGCCCCCAACAGCCUCCUUGUGCCAGCCAUCUUGUCUCCUCCAGAAACACGACAGAAAUGAUUUGAAGCUGGUAUGAAGAAACGUCUGACCCAGGUUGAAGGGACUGGUUCAAAAAGAAAGAUAAAUACUUUGCACUUUUGAUACUCUGUCAGGGAGGGCAGGGAAUAAAUAAGUUAUUGGGCAAAUUGUCUUAUUUUUAUUUUUUGUUUUGUUUUUGUAUUUGUGAACAGGCACAAAUUUUUUUUUGGUUUGGUUUUGCUUUAAGAUCUCUUAUGGAUUUGCAACUGAAAUAAACUAUUUUAAUGUGCGAUCAGAA